AUGGCUUCUAGCAUUUAUUUCUGCGAUAGCAAGGGUAAGACCAUAUUAUCGAGGCGGUAUCGUGACGAUGUGCCCGCAUCUGCGAUCGAGCGGUUUCCAACGCUGCUAUUAGAGGCAGAGCAUGAAUCCAGUAUAAUCCCACCUUGCUUGACGCAUAACGACAUACAAUACCUGUUUGUUCAGCACAAUGACAUCUACGUUUUGACGAUGAGCAACUCACUAUCCGUAAAUGUCGCUCAGAUCUUUUCAUUUCUGUAUAAACUAAUAGCGGUGCUGGAAGAAUACGUCAAAACUGUGGAGGAAGAAUCGAUUAGGGACAAUUUCGUGAUCAUAUAUGAGCUGUUGGAUGAAAUGCUAGACUAUGGUAUCCCGCAAAUCACAGAAACCAAGAUGCUCAAGCAGUACAUCACGCAGAAAUCUUUCAAGCUCAUAAAAUCAGCCAAGAAAUCCAAAAACGUGGUACGGCCGCCAUCUCAACUCACCAAAUCAGUUAGCUGGAGACCUGAAGGCAUUGUGUACAAAAAGAAUGAGGCAUUUUUGGAUGUGGUGGAGUCAAUAAAUAUGCUAAUUUCUGCUAACGGGCAAGUGCUGCGUUCUGAGAUACUGGGCAAAGUCAGAGUUAAGUCUCAUCUGUCAGGAAUGCCUGACCUGAAGCUGGGUUUGAACGACAAGGGUAUUUUUUCAAGCGAAACCUCUGGAAAUAGGGAGGAAGAACCAACAGGGAAGAGGGCAAACAUAGAAUUGGAAGACCUCAAAUUUCAUCAAUGUGUCCGCUUGAGUAAAUUCGAGAACGAGAAGAUCAUCACUUUCAUCCCACCGGAUGGGGAUUUUGAACUCAUGAACUACAGACUAUCUUUGCCCAUUAAGCCCCUCAUUUGGUGCGAUGCCAAGAUUCAGGUUCACUCGCAAUCCAGGAUAGAAAUUCAUUGCCGGGCCAAGGCACAAAUAAAGAAAAAAUCUACUGCCAACAACGUUGAGAUUCUAAUACCUGUUCCGGAAGAUGCGGAUUCGCCCAAAUUCCGUUACUCUCACGGUUCGCUGAAAUACGUUCCACAAAAAAACGCCAUUUUGUGGAAAAUCAAAACCUUCACCGGUGGUAAAGAAUACUCAUUUGCUGCUCAAUUGGGACUUCCAUCAAUGUCGGAUGUUGAUGUACCCAAGGUGAAACGACCAAUACAAGUGAAGUUCCAAAUUCCUUAUUUUACGACUUCAGGCAUUCAGGUGCGUUACCUCAAAGUCAAUGAGCCCAAACUUCAGUACCAAAGUUACCCAUGGGUGAGAUAUAUAACAGAAAGUGGUGAUGAUUAUACCAUUAGAAUAGCAUAA